AAUAUCUUUCAGCUGGAGUUUUCUAUGCAACCCCAUCCUUCACCCUCUCAGGAGAUGCUACUCAUGAGGAUCUCCUGCGUGGUGCUGUGCUUGCUGGGCACAGCUUGGGUUGGCAAUGGAGGUGAUGAAAGUGAGUUCUCAUCAUUAGGAGCCACAGGUCGGGGUCCUCGCGUGAUGGAGAAUGUCCAUUCUGACUGCAAGGACCAGGAUUGGCCCUUCUGUACUGAUGAUGAUUGGACUUAUAAAUGCCCCUCUGGCUGCAGAUUGAAGGGGCUGAUCGAUGAAACCAGUCAAGAUUUUACCAACAGAAUCACCAAACUCAGAAACUUGCUAUUUGAACAUCAGAGAAGUAAUAAAGAUUCCAGUUCAGUAACCAGAGAGAUGCUAGAACUUAUCAGAGGGGAUUUGGUCAGUGGCAAUGAAAAUGACAAUUUAUUUGGACAAGUGUCAGAAGAUUUGAGAAGAAGAAUUGAAACCCUGAAGCGCAAAGUCAGUGACCAAGCACAGAGAAUUAUAAACCUGCAGAGCAGUGUUCGAGAUCAGCUAGUAGAGAUGAAGCGUCUGGAGGUGGAUAUCGAUAUUAAGGUCCGAUCCUGCAAGGGAUCAUGUAAUAGGGCAUAUCAAUAUGAAGUUGACUUGGAGUUCUACAAACAGCACCAAAAGAUGCUUGAACAGCUUUCCAAAAUCAACCUGCUCCCCUCCAGAGACAGGCAGAGCUUACCCAUCUUGAAAAUGAAACCCACAAAGGAUUUCUUGCCAGGGAAUUUCAAAAGUCAGCUUCAGAAAGCUCCUUCAGAGUGGGCUGCUCUGGAGAGCAUGAAGCAGGUGGAAAUGGUGUUGGAGAAUCCAGGAAAAGAGAGGGGUUCUGCUCCGGACUCUUCAUCUUAUGGAACAGGAAUAGGGUCUGCAAGUUCGGGGCCUUCGAGCUCCAGGCCGGAUAGCUCGAGGUACCCAGAUGUAGAACCCUGGGAUUCCAAGCCUGGAAAUCCUAGCUGGGGAAACACCAGGUGGGAGGGCUCAUCUAGAGAAACAGCAGGAAGUAUGAAAUUUGGAACAGGGUCAUCCCACAGUAGCAAAUUUUUUACUUCUGGACCGGGGAAAGAGUUCCCAGUUGGCAGCAAGGACACCUCUGGCCUCUUCACCACCAAACGCAGUUCCUGUUCCAAAACUGUCACCAAGACCAUCGUUAAUGGACCCGAAGGCCCCAAAGAAGUUACCAAAGAAGUGUUGACCUCUGAUGAUGGCUCUGACUGUUCUGACUUGGCAGGUGUAGGGUUCGAUUUAGGCACAGGAGGCAUCUUCAAUUCAAGAGGGACCCCUGAUGGUACCUCUGAGGGACGAGGUGAUUUUAAUUCCAGGCUAACUGAUGCACUGAGUUUCUUCGAGUCUAGUGCAACUGGAACCAGAUAUCAAGGCCUGAACCCUGGCAGAGGGGAUUCUAAAUUUGGCACCCAGCACUCACAUUCUCAAAAAUCAGAAUCAGACACAUUCAUGGAACACGGUGACGGCAGGAGUGAAGAUUUCAGCCAUAUUGACACACCCGACUUCACCCCCUCCAAGACCCAGGGAGUUACCUCCACCAAAACAGUCGUGUCCAGUAGCUCUUCUUUCAGCAGAGAUGGCUCCACUUUUGAAACAAAGUCGUACAAAGAAGCUGAAGUUGAGGGAGGCAGAAAGACCACGGCGGAGAGCUUGAACGUAAGAAGCAGCAAAUCCUUGCACCGUCCCAGAGGUAUCUCUCAACCCCUCUGAAACUAGACUUUGAGUUAACUGAGCCAGUGGUUAUCAGCGUUAAAAAAAAGGGCACACUGGCCCAGGGGCGGCCCAUUUUACUCAUCAGAUUAAAGCAUGUGUCUCAGUUGACAUUGAGGGCAGGGAGGAUAAAUUUCCUAAAACAGUAACAAUAAAUGAUACCUCGAUGUAAUUUA